AUGCAGCAAAACUCUCAAGGCGAUCAGAGGAGCGGUAAGCGCCAGUCCGGCAAGAGAAAGCUCUCCCCAUCGCCGCAACGAUCCAUCUCCGACCUCCUCCAGUCUCAGAAGCGGCCUCGCCGCUCCCCAUCUCCCACGCGCAAACCCACCCAUCCGGCCCCGAAUCAGAUGUAUCAGUUUUCCGGAUCCCCGCCUAGGAGCGGCGCACCGCUUCGGGGCGCGUCGUCGGGGCCUGGCUCUGGGUUGAAUAACGUCAGCGUCGGCGGCGUGCCGGGUCGACCGCAGGCUUUGAAUGCCGGUGCUCGGCAAAGCAACUUCUCUCCACAUACGGGCGCAAAGAAGCUCGUUGUUAAGAACUUGAGGCUUGGGCCGCGGCUUAAUCAGGAGUCUUAUUUUGAUAAGGUUUGGUCGCAGCUUGAUGCGGCUUUGACGGCUGUUUUUGAUGGCCGGAAGCCGGAUUCUUCGCUUGAGGAGCUUUACAAGGGUGGGGAGAAUAUUUGUCGACAGGAGCGCGCUGCUGUAUUGGCGAGGAGGCUUCAGGAUCGGUGUCGGGAUUAUGUUAAUGGAAAGAUGAGGGAGGGUCUUGUUGCUAGGGCGGCUGGGAGUACGGAUGUUGAUACAUUGCGGGCUGUUCUUGAGACGUGGUCUGCGUGGCAUUCGAGACUUGUUACGGUCCGUUGGAUAUUCUAUUAUCUCGAUCAGUCGUUCCUUCUGCAUUCUAAAGACCAGCCUGUAAUCCGGGAAAUGGGUCUGAUCCAGUUCCGGUCGUAUAUCUUUAAUGAUUCCAGCUUGAAGCCGAAGAUCUUGAAGGGUGCAUACAACUUGAUUGCUGCUGAUCGAGGCGGAGAUGUCGCGGCACUGGCGGACUCGGCCCUGCUAAGAGAGGCUAUGGAAUUGUUCCACAAUCUCGAUGUUUACGGCAGUGACUUCGAACCUCUAUUGAUGGCCGAAUCCGAGAAGUUUGUUACCUCAUGGUGUCAACGGGAAGCUGCAGGAAACCUAGCUACAUACGUCGACAAUACCCGUCGCUUGAUUGAGCGUGAAGUGGAACGCUGCAGUUUGUUCUCUUUUGCCCGAAGCACGAGGUUGAAGCUAUCCGAGCUCUUGGAUGAGACCCUGAUCGUACAGCAAACCGACCUGUUGACCAACGACAACGAUGUGCUUACUUUGAUGAGAGCCGGAAACAAGGAUGCCCUAAAACAGCUCUACAAUCUGCUUGAUCGACGGGAUUUGACCCUCAAGCUGAAGGGUGCCUUCAAAAAAUAUAUCGUCGAAGAGGGUGAAGGGAUCGUGUUCGAUCCGGAGAGAGAAGCAGACAUGGUCGUCAACCUUCUCCAAUUCAAGCGCAAGGCCGACGAUAUCUGGAGCUCUGCUUUCAACUCAAAUGAUGAACUGGGCCAUACCCUCCGUGAGGCCUUUGGCACUUUCAUGAACCGCGGGAAGAAGAUGGAGUCCACAGGUGGCACCGACAACCCCAAGGCUGGUGAGAUGAUUGCCAAAUACGUGGAUAGGCUACUCAAGGGCGGUCUCAAGAUGCCGUCCGAAGGCCAGACCCUCAUCGAUGAGGAUGCUGAACUCGACCGGCAAAUGGAUCAAGUGCUUGACCUUUUCCGGUUUGUACACGGCAAGGCAGUCUUUGAAGCCUUCUACAAGAAUGAUCUUGCACGACGUCUGCUGAUGGGCCGAAGUGCGAGCAACGAGGCGGAGAAGAGCAUGUUGGCUCGUCUGAAGAAUGAAUGUGGAUCAAACUUCACACAUAAUCUCGAGUCCAUGUUUAAUGACAUGGACACUGCUAAAGCUGAAAUGGCAGCAUUUGAUGCGCUGCAGAAGCAGCGGUCACAUAGGGAACGCACACCGGUUCCUCUACAUGUCAGCGUCCUCUCUGCUGCCUCUUGGCCAUCAUACCCCGAUGUCCCCGUGCGAAUUCCAUCCGAAAUUGCCAAGUCCAUCAACAACUUCGAGGCAUUCUAUCAGACCAAGCACAAAGGGAGAACACUCGACUGGAAGCAUCAACUGUCACAUUGCCAACUGAAUGCAUACUUCCCCAAAGCCAACGGCAAAGGCAAUAACAUGAAGAACCUAGUAGUCAGCUCAUUCCAAGCUAUCGUCCUACUACUCUUUAAUGACGUCCGAGAUGGCGAAAGCCUAGACUACACCCAAAUACAAGAAGCGACCGGAUUGUCCGAUCCAGAAUUAAAGCGAACACUCCAGUCAGUCGCCUGUGCCAAAUAUAAAGUCCUAGUCAAGAGCCCCAAAGGCAAAGACGUAAACCCAACCGAUAAAUUCUGGUUCAACACCGACUUCACCGACCAGCAAACCCGCAUCAAGAUCAACCAGAUCCAACUCAAGGAAACAAAAGAGGAGAAUAAGACGACGCACGAGCGUAUCUCCGCCGACCGACACCUCGAGACGCAGGCUGCUAUCGUGCGUCUCAUGAAGAGUCGUAAGGUCCUUAGUCACGCCGAGUUGAUCUCGGAGGUUCUCAAUGCCACAAAGAGUCGGGGUGCGCUGCAGCCUGCAGAGAUCAAGGGCGAGAUUGAGAAGCUCAUCGAGAAAGACUAUAUGGAGCGCAAAGAAGGUACCAAUUCAUACAGCUACGUGGCAUAG